GCAAACACGCAGAAUCAGAACUUCCAGUCUUCCGCCAGAAAGCGCAGGAACGGCGUCGUCGUUGGGUUAUGACGUUUCUAAAUCUCCGCCUCUUGCUUCCGGUCGGCGAUUCUGCAUGCGUCGCGUGAAUUGAGCGUCGGCGAGGCGGCGACUUCUCAGCGGACGGCUUCGGCGGAGGAGGAUGAACAGCCGCUUGCAGGAGAUCAGGGAGCGGCAGAAAUUACGCCGGCAGCUUCUGGCUCAGCAGCUGGGAGCUGAAAAUGCUGAUAGUAUUGGUGCAGUACUAAACAGCAAGGAUGAGCAAAGGGAAAUUGCGGAAACAAGAGAAACAUGCAGGGCUGCUUAUGAUACAUCUGCUCCAAAUUCUAAACGUAGAUAUCCUGAUGAGGGAGAAGCUGAUGAAGAAGAAAUAGAAGAAUAUAAAGGAGACAGUAUUCAUAGACAGCCAUCUUCUUUCUUCAUUAAGAAGCGGAAUGCUAAUGAGAAGAGAAACACCCUGUUUCUACACACAUAUAAAAUGUGCUUUAUUCCAAAGGAUGAAGUGGAGCUUCAGCAAGAUGAAGAGAAUCUACCAUACGAAGAAGAAAUUUACAAAGAUUCCAGUACUUUUCUUAAGGGGACACAGAGCUUAAAUCCUCAUAAUGAUUACUGUCAGCAUUUUGUGGACACUGGACACAGACCUCAAAAUUUCAUCAGAGAUGUGGGUUUAGCAGAUAGAUUUGAAGAAUAUCCAAAACUCCGGGAACUCAUCAGGCUGAAAGAUGAGCUAAUAUCUAAAUCUAACACCCCUCCAAUGUAUUUACAAGCUGAACUGGAAGCUUUUGAUCUUCGUGAACUCAAGUCUAAGUUUGAUGUGAUACUUUUAGAGCCACCAUUGGAAGAAUACUAUAGAGAGACUGGCAUUACUGCUAAUGAGAAAUGCUGGACAUGGGAUGAUAUUAUGAAGCUGGACAUAGAAGAAAUUGCUGCCCCACGAUCAUUUGUCUUUCUUUGGUGUGGUUCUGGUGAGGGCCUGGAUCUCGGCAGGGUGUGUUUGCGCAAAUGGGGAUACAGAAGAUGUGAAGAUAUAUGUUGGAUUAAAACAAAUAAAAAUAAUCCUGGGAAGACCAAGACGCUGGAUCCCAAAGCUGUUUUUCAAAGAACGAAGGAACAUUGCCUUAUGGGCAUUAAAGGAACUGUCCGCCGUAGUACAGAUGGGGAUUUUAUCCAUGCUAAUGUUGACAUUGAUUUAAUUAUCACAGAAGAGCCAGAAAUUGGUAACAUAGAAAAACCUGUGGAAAUAUUUCACAUUAUUGAACAUUUUUGUCUUGGAAGAAGGCGGCUUCAUCUUUUUGGACGUGACAGCACCAUUCGUCCAGGCUGGUUAACUGUUGGACCCACACUCACAAAUAGUAACUUCAAUGCCGAAACAUAUACAUCAUAUUUCACAGCUCCCAACUCCCACCUGACUGGUUGUACAGAAGAGAUUGAGAGACUCAGACCGAAAUCACCACCACCAAAGGAUCGAGGAGGUGGUGCACCGAGGGGUGGAGGAAGAGGCGGGACUUCAGCUGGUCGAGGAGAAAGAGGCAGAGAGAGAAACCGAACUAAUUUCAGGGGGGAAAGAGGUGGAUUCAGAGGGGGACGGGGAGGUACUCACCGAGGGGGCUUUCCCCCUCGCUGAGCAUUGAGAAUCUUCAUCUUUUUUCCUGCCUUUAUCCUAUUGAGUUUUUGCUUAAAAAUACAGUCUUAUUUCUCCAGUUACCUUUAUUAGCAGCUCACUCUAAAUCUGCUCACCAAAAUAUUUUUGUACCUAUUAUGAACCAGUCUUGUAUAAUAAUCCAGAUCUUACAAUAAAGUACAUUUACAGUGGAA